AUGGACGUGGCACCUGCGCCGGUGCCGCCGGCCCGGGACUGGUCGGAGCUUCCCCUCGACGUGCUUUCUUUCCUCUUCGUCAAGCUCGGUGCCAUCGACGUCCUCAUGGGUGCGGUCCUUGUGUGCCACUCGUGGCUCCAGGCGGCCAAGGCGCCCGACGUUUGGCGAUGCGUGAAGAUGGAGUGCCACAAGUUCGUGCGGAGAUUCAAGUAUUCUGCCAGACUGUUGGCGAUGGCCAAGGUGGCCGUUGACCGCUCCGACGGGCAGCUUCAAAUGUUUGCGGGAGAGCGUUUUGUUACCAAUGAGCUCCUCAUCUAUAUUGCUGAAAGGUCGCCAUCGCUGAAGAGCCUUUGCCUCAAACAAUGCCAGAACAUCACUAACGAAGUAUUCAUUGAGGCUAUGCCUAUGAUGUGA